AUGAUUCCAUUAUCUUUUAAUGUUAAAUAUAGAAGAUUUUUGGUUUCUAAUAAUAUACGUAAAUGUGUUGAUUCAAAGAGCCAUUUUUGCCUCAAUACACAAAAACAAAAUAUUCCCUUAUUGUAUUCCAAAAGUUACCUAAAUAAGUCUCUAAAAUCACGUUUUUAUCAUUUUAGACUGUAUUCUACUCAAAACUCCUCAUUUAACUCAACUUCAAGUGAUAUUCCUAUACACUCCAGUGAUUUUAAGUUCAGUAUUUGGGAUAAUAAUAAAGAUGAUUCCAUUAACCCAGGUGAUUUAUACCUGGAAAACAUGUUUAACCUUACUCCAAAGGAAUGGAUGAAUUUAAUUAGAAUUUCUGAAGAUAAUUCGCAUUUUCUAUCACUUUUAACUAAUUUUCAGAGAUAUAUCCGUCAUUUAAAAUGCAGUGAUCUUGUGUAUAUUAUUGAAAAAUGUGUAAAUUGUGGAGUUAGGGAUAAUAAUCAGGGCAUAGACGUGUGUUACGUCCUACUGUGUGAGAUUUUAUACAGAUUUUUGUAUGAAAAUAAUCGCAUAUUGAAGAUAAAAGAUAUUUCCAGACUAACUAAAGUACUUUUGAAACUCAAAUUCAACAGGGAAUCACCUGAAACAUCAACUGUUCCAAUAUGUAGCAUGAAUUUUGAAUAUACUAAAGAGGUAUCCGUUUGUGAGAACUGUAAACUAAGAUAUAAAGACCUUUUGAACCUGAACGGUUCUGACAUAUCAACUCUUUUGAUGGUAGUUUUGGGGAAAUCUCUCCUAUUACAAUCUAAGGAUUUGAGGAAAUUACAUGAAAACUCAGUUGUACCAUAUCUUGUCCUUGUCGGAAACAGGAAUUCAGUUCUAUGUUCUCAUUUAGUUAGGGGAAUUUCAUCGAUGUAUUCCAAAACUUUCCUAUUGAGUAAUUCAAUACAUAACAUUUCAAUACUACUCCACACUAUUAAGAGGACCAAGGCUAGAUCUUAUCCACUUGUUAAGAUGAUAGUCGAUAGGCUUUCAACAAAGGGUGAAAUUGAGUCAUUACUUAGCAGAGAAUCGAAUUUACAUACUAAACUGAUUUCAAUAUCACAAAUUAUACAAUUUUGUAUAAACUGCCAUUACUCAUACUCCGAAUUUAACCUCAAACUCGAUACUCUAAUUCACUCAAUUUUGAAGUAUGUUUACGGUAUAUUUUCGGGAGAUGAUAUGAAAGAAAUAACCAAGUUCCCCAACUUUGUAUCGCAAUUAAAUUUACUUAGAAAAUCAAUGAUUUUGGAAAGAAUUCAUUUGAAAGGGUUAAUUUCGGGAACUGAAAUAUCAAGUUUUCUAGACUCUCUGGAGCACAUUAAGCCAACUUUUGCCCCCAAUGAAUUCAAGACUAGUAAUAUCCACUCCCAAGUCGAUACUAUACUCAAGUCUUUUAAUUAUGUAACGUUGUUGGAGCACUACGUCUGCCCUUACAUCGUUGAUAUUUUUGUUCCAUCAAAGAAUGCUGUCAUAGAAGUCGAUGGGCCUUAUCACUAUUCAACAACUCUCAACCCGAGGAUAAAUAAAAUAUUAAAGAGAGAAGUAGAGAAUUAUCAAUUGGGAUAUACUCUUAAUAGUAAACUUAAGAGUAAACUCCUUACCAAAUCAGGCUUCAAAUUUAUAAAUAUACCAUUUUAUCAAUGGCCUGAAGCUACAAAUGAACAAAUUUACUUCAUAUCCAACCUUAAAAUUUAA